AGUUGGCUCAAGUUCCAGCCCCUCUCAGAGGGGAGUUGGAGGUUGAGAUAGACGUGGGUUCGAAUGUCGGGCCCGGCGGCCUUCGCGAGCAGCUUGACGCGCGCGCGCGGGCCGCGCGCGAUGGUGCGGCGUCGAGCGGGCUUGCGUGCAGCAGGGCAGCCAUGCCGUCGCGCGGCAACCAGGCGGGCAGACAUGGCUGUGCAUCCCAGCGCCCUGCAUCAUCCCCAGUCGCGCCGAGAGCGCGUGGGGGAGUGUCCUCGGCAUCCAGUUGCUGGGCCGCGCCCGCAGGGCAGGGGCCCCGAGACGCCGCAGGCGGCUACGCCGAGGGAGGCGUGGAGGCCUUCGGCAGCGCCGACGCGGACUCCAGGAGGGGCGCCGAGGCCGUCGGCGGCCCCCAGCUGGAGGACAGCCCCGCCCCCCGCGAAGGCCCGACUGGGCUCGAGGCCGGCCCCCGCGGGGUGGGCGCCGGCCACGGCGCCGAAGACGGCAACGCUGACCCUGGCCAGGCAGACCUCGACCCAUGCGGGGAAGGCGCUAACGCGCGGGCGGGCGGGGACGGCGCCCUCUGGGAGAGGCCGCGCCGAGGCGCCCGAGCGCGCCCGCAGCCCGCCAGCAGGCGAGGGGC